AUGACUGCCACAACCAAGUAUGACAAAGAAAGGUUUUCCCUCACUACGCUGACUGAAAGAGAGCAAGAUGGACUGGUGUCAGCUUUGUCUGAUGCAGAGAUGAAACUCCUUCAGGCAGUCAAAAACCGUUACAUUGCCGAGGUGGCCAGUAAUGUCGGUGUAUUUGACGACAUUUUCUUCGUAAGGUUUUUAAGGGCCCGUGGGUUUGACGAGGGUAAAACCUGCAAGAUGUUGGACAAGUAUUUUAAGUGGCGCACGGACUUCAAGGUGAACGAGCUCAUAAAAUCCAACUUCAUCGAGCGAAUGCUGUACGUCAAAAAGCACUAUCCUCACGGUUAUCAUGGCGUAGACAAAUUAGGCAGGCCUAUGUAUAUUGAGCGUAUGGGCGUUGGGAAUGUUCCCGAACUGAUGAAGGUUUUGAGUCAAGAACAAAUAUUGCAAUACUAUGUACAACUAUAUGAAUACCUAAAGCACGUGAUUUUGCCUGCUUGCAGUAUCGCUGCCAACAAGUGUGUGGAACAGGCGGUCACCAUUAUUGACCUAAAGGGUGUUUCAGUAACCAGUAUCAAUGGCAAAACCAAGUCUCUUGUGCAAGGAAUGGCCAAAAUGAGCCAAGAUUAUUUCCCCGAAAUAUUGGGCAAAAUGUUAUUCGUCAACGCUUCUUCCAUAUUCUCAAUCAUUUGGGCCAUUGUAAAACCGCUGCUUGAUUCUAAAACCAUAAAAAAAGUAACGGUGAUAUCUUCUAAAGAGAAGAGUUUGGAAGCCUUAGCUGAACUGGCCGAUCCCGACCAAUUGCCACAAUUUCUUGGUGGAGCCUGCCCUAAUGAUGAAUGGUCAACUAAUGCGGUGGGUCCCUGGAUGGACCCGCAAAUAAUCCGACAUCUACAGGAUAAAUACACAUCAGUGCCUGUGGAACUUUACGAUCUUGCGUAUUUGAGAAUUAAAACAGCGGCCACAAUCAAUUUAUCAGACCGUGAUCUCGGACAACUAUAG